GGAGAUUGCAUCAGCAAUUUGAAAGCUAUAAGGAACAAGUGAGGAAAAUUGGGGAAGAAGCCCGGCGUUACCAAGGAGAGCACAAAGAUGAUGCCCCCACUUGUGGCAUUUGUCUGAAAACAAAGUUUGCUGAUGGUUGUGGCCAUUUAUGUUCUUACUGCCGGACCAAAUUCUGUGCAAGAUGUGGAGGCCGAGUUUCUCUGCGAUCAAACAAUGAGGACAAAGUGGUUAUGUGGGUAUGCAAUUUAUGUCGAAAGCAACAAGAGAUCUUAACCAAGUCCGGAGCUUGGUUUUUUGGGAGUGGACCUCAGCCACCAAGUCAAGACGGGACACUCAGUGACACAGCUACAGGUGCAGGCUCCGAGGUGCCUAGAGAAAAGAAAGCCAGGCUGCAAGAACGAUCAAGAUCUCAGACACCCUUAAGCACAGCAGCAGCCUCCCAGGAAAUCACUCCUUCAGGGGUCCCAUCAGAGCGAAGUAAAGGAACAGAACCGUCCCAGAAAGCCAUGGGUCUGGAACAGAAACAGGCUUCAUCUAGAUCUAGAAGUGAACCCUCUCGAGAAAGGAAGAAGACUUCGGUGGCUGCUGAGCAGAAUGGCAAAGCGGGGCUGAAAAGUGAGCGUAAACGAGUGCCAAAAUCCUCCCUCCAGCAAGGGGAGGGACCUGUGGAGGAGAGGGAGCGGAAGGAAAGGCGGGAAAGCAGAAGGCUGGAGAAGGGCCGGUCACAAGAUUUGCCAGAAAAACACGAGGAGGGCAAAGGAGUGGAGGAUGAGAAGCAAAGGAAAGAAGAUGAAUAUCAGACUCGAUACCGAAGUGACCCUAACCUAGCGAGGUAUCCCGUCAAGCCCCACCCCGAAGAGCAGCAGAUGCGCAUGCAUGCCAAAGUCUCUAAAGCCCGCCACGAAAGGAGACAUAGUGAUGUGUCUUUGCCCCACACAGAGUUAGAAGAAUCAGAGGUGCCAGAGAACAAGUUAGGGAAACGGGCCCAGCCCUCUGGAACUCAGGAUCGGAAAUCCCUUUUGGAAACUCAGAGGUCAUAUUCCAUAGAAAGAACGGGGGAUGUAAGAAUAUCUGUUUCUAAACAAUUAACUAACCAUAGCCCACCAGCUCCCAGGCAUGGCCCUGCUCCAACAGAACACCCUGAGUCCAAGAACCAAGAGUCUUUCAAAAAGCAGAGUCGCCUGGAUCCUAGCUCCGCUAUUCUUAUCCGGAAAGCAAAGAGGGAGAAAAUGGAAACGAUGCUGAGGAAUGACUCUCUGAGCUCUGACCAGUCGGAGUCAGUACGGCCAUCCCCGCCCAAGCCCCACAGAUCCAAGAGAGGAGGGAAGAAGAGACAGAUGUCUGUCAGCAGCUCCGAGGAGGAAGGUGCCUCCACACCUGAGUACACCAGCUGUGAAGAUGUGGAAAUAGAAAGUGAAAGCGUCAGUGAAAAGGGUGAUUUGGAUUAUUACUGGCUGGAUCCUACAACGUGGCCAAGUAGGGAGACUUCUCCUAUAAGUUCGCAUCCUGUAACGUGGCAACCAUCUAAAGAGGGUGACCGAUUAAUUGGACGUGUUAUUCUUAACAAGAGAACAACCAUGCCCAAAGAAUCUGGUGCACUACUAGGAUUAAAAGUUGUUGGAGGAAAAAUGACUGAUUUAGGACGUCUUGGUGCCUUCAUCACCAAAGUAAAGAAGGGUAGCCUAGCAGAUGUAGUAGGACAUCUAAGAGCAGGGGAUGAAGUUCUAGAAUGGAAUGGUAAACCCCUGCCUGGAGCUACAAAUGAAGAAGUUUACAACAUUAUUUUAGAAUCAAAAUCAGAACCUCAAGUUGAAAUUAUUGUUUCAAGGCCUAUUGGUGAUAUUCCAAGGAUUCCCGAGAGCUCCCAUCCUCCAUUAGAGUCUAGUUCAAGUUCUUUUGAGUCUCAAAAGAUGGAAAGACCUUCCAUUUCUGUUAUUUCUCCAACUAGUCCUGGAGCAUUAAAAGAUGCCCCUCAGGUCCUACCAGGGCAACUUUCUGUGAAGCUGUGGUAUGACAAAGUUGGACAUCAACUUAUUGUAAACGUUCUUCAGGCAAGAGAUCUACCCCCUCGAGUGGAUGGACGACCCAGGAAUCCCUAUGUGAAAAUGUACUUUCUUCCAGAUAGAAGUGAUAAAAGUAAAAGGAGGACCAAAACGGUAAAGAAAGUCCUAGAUCCAAAAUGGAACCAAACGUUUCUCUAUUCGCAUGUGCACCGUAGAGAUUUUAGAGAACGAAUGUUAGAAAUAACUGUGUGGGAUCAACCAAGAGUACAAGAAGAAGAAAGUGAAUUUCUUGGAGAGAUCCUCAUAGAGCUGGAGACAGCCCUGUUAGAUGAUGAACCACAUUGGUAUAAACUGCAGACACACGAUGAAUCUUCGCUACCUCUGCCUCAGCCAUCACCUUUCAUGCCAAGGAGACACGUCCAUGGAGAAAGCUCUAGCAAAAAACUACAAAGAUCUCAGCGAAUCAUUGAUAGUGACAUCUCAGAUUAUGAGGUUGAUGAUGGUAUUGGAGUAGUUCCUCCAGUAGGUUAUAGAUCAAAUACUAGAGAAAGCAAAUCUACAACGUUAACUGUGCCAGAACAGCAAAGAACAGCUCAUCACCGCUCGCGAUCUGUAUCUCCUCACCGUGGCGACGAUCAGGGCAGGCCCCGUUCCCGGUUACCAAAUGUGCCAUUACAGAGGAGUUUAGAUGAAAUUCAUCAAGUGAGAAGGUCACGUUCUCCAACCAGACACCAUGAUGCCUCCCGAAGUCCAGUUGAUCUCCGAUCCAGAGACAUGGAUAGUCAGUAUUUAUCAGAACAAGAAAGUGAGCUUCUUAUGCUGCCCAGAGCAAAACGAGGACGAAGUGCAGAGUGCCUACAUACGACCAGUGAACUACAGCCCUCCCUUGACAGGGCUAGGAGUGCUAGUACCAACUGCUUGAGACCAGAUACUAGUUUGCAUUCACCAGAACGAGAAAGGCAAUCUCGAAAGUCGGAAAGAUCUAGCAACCAAAAACAGACUAGGAAAAGCAAUGCAUCUGAUGCAGAAAGGGUUCUCCCACAACAUCUUUCUAGAAGGGGACACCCUACCCCAAGAACAACUGAUCAGCCAGUCAUUAGGGGAAAACAUCCCUCUCGCUCAAGGUCGAGUGAGCAUUCUAGUGUCAGAACACUGUGUUCUAUACAUCACCUUGCGCCAGGAGGGUCGGCACCAGCUUCUCCGCUUCUGACAAGAAUACACCAACAAGGAAGUCCUGGGCAGUCUCCUCCUGCAGACACGGUCUUCAGCAAUCGUAGGGGAAGACAACUCCCACAGGUUCCAAUAAGAAGCGGCAGUAUAGAACAAGCAAGCUUAGUAGUGGAGGAGCGAACAAGACAGAUGAAAAUGAAAGUACAUCGCUAUAAACAGACAACAGGGUCUGGUUCUAGCCAAGAACUUGAUCGCGAGCAAUAUUCCAAGUAUAACAUACAUAAAGAUCAAUACAGAAGCUGUGAUAACGUCUCUGCCAAAUCAUCAGAUAGUGAUGUCAGUGAUGUGUCAGCCAUUUCCCGAACCAGCAGUGCCUCACGCCUCAGCAGCACAAGCUUUAUGUCAGAGCAAUCUGAGCGCCCCAGGGGUAGAAUCAGUUCAUUUACCCCUAAAAUGCAAGGCAGACGGAUGGGAACUUCAGGGAGAACCAUCACAAAGAGCACAAGUGUGAGCGGAGAGAUGUACAAAUUGGAGCAUAAUGAUGGAAGCCAGUCGGACACAGCUGUUGGCACAGUUGGAACAGGUGGAAAGAAAAGAAGAUCCAGCCUUAGUGCCAAAGUGGUGGCCAUAGUAUCACGGAGAAGUAGAAGCACAUCCCAACUUAGCCAAACAGAAUCUGGCCACAAGAAGUUGAAAAGCACCAUACAGAGAAGCACAGAAACCGGCAUGGCAGCUGAAAUGAGGAAAAUGGUACGGCAGCCAAGUCGAGAGUCUACUGAUGGCAGCAUUAAUAGUUACAGCUCGGAAGGGAACCUAAUAUUUCCCGGAGUCCGAUUGGGAGCUGACAGUCAAUUCAGUGAUUUCCUUGAUGGACUAGGACCAGCUCAGCUUGUUGGAAGACAAACACUAGCAACUCCUGCUAUGGGUGAUAUACAGAUUGGAAUGGAGGAUAAAAAGGGUCAAUUAGAAGUGGAAGUCAUCAGAGCAAGAAGCCUCACUCAAAAACCUGGUUCCAAAUCUACACCUGCUCCAUAUGUUAAAGUCUAUCUUUUGGAAAAUGGAGCCUGCAUAGCAAAGAAGAAAACAAGAAUUGCCCGAAAAACCCUCGAUCCUUUGUAUCAACAGUCCCUGGUUUUUGAUGAAAGUCCACAGGGUAAAGUUCUUCAGGUGAUCGUCUGGGGGGAUUAUGGGCGAAUGGAUCACAAAUGUUUCAUGGGUGUAGCUCAGAUCCUUCUGGAGGAACUUGAUCUGUCCAGCAUGGUAAUAGGAUGGUACAAAUUGUUCCCACCUUCAUCACUCGUGGACCCAACCCUGGCGCCCUUGACUCGCAGGGCUUCCCAAUCAUCUCUGGAAAGUUCAACUGGGCCUCCUUGCAUUCGAUCAUAGUGAACUUGUAGAGAAUGGAUCCUAGUUAAGUAAAACGCUACCAAUCCAGGAUAAUAACCCGAACUAGAUAUUAUGUGAUCAAAAACAUUGUUGGAGACAGACAAUCAACUUCUGUUUUACCUGUAAUAGUUAUUCAAAAAAUAUGUCUGAAUCGUUUGUUUAAACCUGGCUUCAAAUGACAGAUCAAGGGUAUCUAUCAAAUUACAAUAAAAAAAAGUCAAUUUGCUAGUGAGAGUCACUGAUGCUUCUAACUGUUAGCAAAAAAAAAAGGAGGGGG